UUUAAAUAGUGUUAAUUACCUGUUUCUGCCUUUAGUUUAGGAAAAACAUUCCCGAAAUAUGAUGAAAAUCCCAAACAAUGCAACAAUUUAAUAGCAAAAUUGUUGAACACAUAUCGAUCGUCGAUGACCGAAUUGCUGGUUUUUGACCUUCGCACAUUUUCACUGGUACCCGAAACUAUUAAAUCCCGAUCCGUUUAUGUGUAACACUAACGGAAACCAAGGAAACCAAAGGUCGACGAUCUCGAGUGCUCAUCAAAACCGGUCGGCGCGGCGCCGGUGAUUUGACAGAUUUGUUUCCAAAUUAACCCCCAGUUUUUCACGCACUGGGGAUGGAAAAUAGUCAUCGGACUCAAGAAUUCAAAAGACUGAGGAGAAAAUAAACAAACUGAGUACAAAAUGGCUCACAGUUCGACCGGGAGUUUCGAGAAAUUGGAGAGCCAAUGCGAGGAUUUGAGUUUGGAGGACGGAAUCCAAACCGACGAUGUGAAAUUGUCUCUGGUUGCCAUCAAUUUGUUGUUGAAUAAUGGCUUCAAAGAGUCGGCAGAAAUAUUCAAUAAAUACAGGCACUACAGCCCACUCAUGAGUGCGGGAGCAAGCUUUGUCCAGUUCAUGAAUGCCAUGAUGACCUUUGAAGAUGACAAGAUGGACGCUGCCAUGGAGUCACUCAAGGAAACGGAGAAACUCUGCGUGACCAGCGAGGGCUUCAUGAAGUCACUGAGGUCAAAGGUCAUGCGGCGCAACUCGGCCACCAAGCCGUACGCGCAGCUCGGGUUUGAGGAUCGCAUCCAACGGCAGAUCAUUACAGCGGAUUGUCAGCUGUACGCGGCGCUGUUGACGUUCUCUCGAAGCGAGGUCUCGGGUUUCUUCAAAGGGGGCUGGCUCAUACGCAAGGGGUACAAGAUCUACGAGAAGGUCUACAAGGAGAUUACGCGCCUUUACGCAUUGCGCGGCAAGGACAGUCCGGUCACGGGGACGCCCCCGACGAUGAUUGACGAGAACUCGGAUGCUGUUCCUCCGGAGAACAACGGCGACGAAGUGACGGAUGAGAUCGGCCUGGAAGUCGCAUCUGAUGCGGACUCGGAAGCGAGCGAUCACGGCGAAGUUCCGGACGAGACGUUAGCGCGUCUGUGCGGGGGCGUGGCGUUUGGUUACGGACUCCUCCAGCUGUGUAUCUCCAUGAUGCCCCCCAGCCUGCUCAAAGUGGUCAACCUGCUGGGUUUCCGCGGCAACCGGGAGUUCGGGCUGAAGUGCCUGCGGCUGGCUAGUCACAGCCAAGAUAUGAAGGCGCCGUUGGCAAUGUUAUCCCUGUUGUGGUAUCACACUGUCGUCCGUCCAUUCUUCGGUCUUGACGAUGCCAACACGCAGACCUGUAUCCAGGAAGCACAGUGCAUACUGAAGGAGAACGAAGCCGAGUACGCCAAGUCCGCCCUGGUCAUGUUCUAUCAAGGACGGGUAGAAAAACUCCAACGGAAUAUUCACAAGGCAUUGGAGACUUACAACACGGCCCUAGAGGCCGCCAAGGACCAGCGAGAGAUCCAACUCAUCUGUGUCUACGAGAUUGGCUGGUGUAAUCUCAUGAUGCUGAACAUGGAGGAGAGCAUGCUGGCAUUCGCAAGAAUGAAGGAAGAUUCCAAAUGGUCCAAGUGCUACUAUGGAUACCUAACUGGAGUUUGUCAGGGGGCCUUGGGCCAAGUUGAGACGGCCCAGGAGCUGUUCAGGGAGGUGCCUGAUCUAGCGAAGAAGAAGAGCAGCCAUCAACAGAUUGAAGCCUUCCUCGUCCGAAAAGCCCAAAAGUUCAAGAAGACCAUGCCGACCACCAAGCAGUGCAUGAUUAUGGCCAUAGAGGUGUUGUAUCUGUGGCGAGCACUGCCAAACUGUAGCAAGGAAUGUCUGGAGAGUAUGUACAAAGAGUGCGAAGGCAACAAGGACCAAAAUUUGAAGGCAGUGACGUGCCUUCUGAGAGGAGAACUCCACAAACACCAGGGAAAUAGGGAGGAAGCAAUAAAGUGCUUCGAGGAUGCGAUGGUCUACGGAGCGGGCAAGAAUCAGGAAUCCUACGCAGCACCUCAUGCUUGCGUCGAGCUGGGCUCCUUACUCGUUGGCAAACCUUUGACUGCCAGUAAAGGGAAGUCUCUCCUCGUGAGGGCCAAGGAUCACUACAAAGAUUACGACUUUGAGCAACGUCUUCACAUGCGCAUCCACGCCGCCCUGCAACGUCUCAAACACGUGGAGUGAUCCGAGCCAAGUCCAGCUAGCGUAAUUUUUAUUCCUAGGAGGGUUAGGGGCAAUGUCAUGAAUAAUUCAUGUUUAUCCGUGAGAACGGACAAUGACAUCAACAGCAUUGUUGUUACUUACUCAACUAGUUACAAUACAUUAAAGCAUUUUAAAGAACGGUUGUCGUCGAGCUACCACACAGUAGCCUAGUGGAUAGCGAGACGAGCUUAUGGAUACAAAGAUCCCUGGUUCGAAUCCACGUCGUCGCUGCUCAUUUUCAUCAGCUAUUUUUCUUCUCCAAAUUUAUCACUGAGAUAAUUUUAAAUUAAGGGGAAAAUAGAACGAGAACCUAAGUCUUGCAAUGAUUCAAAGGAAAAACUGAAUUAUGCAUGACAUUGCCCCUAACCCUCCUAGGAAAACGAUUACGCAUCCAGCUACCUUUACCUGCAAUUUAUCACAGCAAUAGAACCUCCAUUAGUACGACACGGGGUACAGGACCUUAUCAGUAGUCAUCCACCACAUGAGUCUAUGAUGCUCAAAGUGAGGCGCCAGUG